GGCAGCACACGGGAGGAAAGCUGACUUAUUGAACAGGUGUUUAUGCCAGACCCCAUACGCUUAUUGGACGCUUAAGGCAAUGUUCUCAGAGAUGUGUUCCCCAUGACUGACUAUGGGCCUAUACAUCGUCAGCACGAUGUAGACUUUGUACGCAGACUUACGUUACACCUGGAAACGACAGACGACACCCAGCUAUGAGGCUAGGAUUCGAUCACUGCAGUGAAAGGUGACGUUAGGAAAUUUAACAAAUACAAAUGUCUGAGGCAGUGGAAUUUCUUUGUCAGUUUUUGAGAGCAGGCAAUCAACUCGUGUAUGCCGUGUGCUGGUUAAACACAGGCUAUACAGCCAGUUCAGUACUGUAGCCACGGUCGUUUUUAUCAUGUACGGUGAACCCUAUUUGUGAGGCCGUCUUUCUAGAGCAAGUCGCAAUGAAUGCUUAGUCUGUAUUAGGUUGCUCGGUUUAUUCGCUAUACGGCCAUUAUGGAGUCAGAUUUAAAUCUAGACGGUUUGCCAUGUACCUGAAGAACCAUGAGGUUUGCGUGGCGGGUCGUUCUCGCUGUUGCCGGGGCGACGAUUCUGCUGUUCGGGUACAUCCAACAUAGAUACACAGGCUCGCAGACUACUGACUCAAACCAAAAUCCUGACUAUAUAAGCAUCUUAGAAAAAGAUGGCCGAUUCACAGGAAACACAGAGGAAUGCCGGGAAAAAACACAUUUCGCUUUCUUGAAAGUUCCCAAAGCCGGAAGUAGCACCAUCCAGAAUAUCUUAUUCCGGUUUGGCACCUUACGAUGGCUGACUUUCGUCCUGCCGAAGUACGCCAAUUAUAUCGGGCGGUCAAGAGUGAUCAAUGAUGCGGCAAUUUUACCUCCACCGCAAGGGAAAAAGUACGAAAUUCUGUGUAACCACGUGAUGUACGAUCACUCAGAGUUUGCCAGAAUUUUACCGAGCGAUGCCGUAUUCAUCGGUAUCGUUCGAGAACCUCUGCCGCAGCUGGAGAGUUACCUGUAUUAUUAUCACUUCCACGACGUACCCACAGACGACAAACUGACCGAAUACUUGGACGAUCCGUAUACAUACGCUCUCGGUAAAAACAUUCGUCCAAAUCCACAGACGUAUUAUUACGGGCUCGAUGAUCGCGACAGGACGAACCCGACCGCCAUUAAAGAGUUUAUCUCUAAAAUACAGAGGGAAUUCGACUUCAUCAUCGUUCUCGAGAGACUUGAUGAGUCUCUGCUUCUCCUGAAGCGAAAACUCUGCUGGAAAUUGACGGACAUUUUGUAUAUCCGUAAAAACACUAACCGUUCCAACCCGCGUAGGGCGCGGAGUCAUCCGCAGAGGACGAAGCACAAAGCCGUAGCCCUGGCCGAAUACCGAUUCUACGAACAUUUCCAAAACGAACUCAUCCGUGAGAUCGUCCAGCAAGGCGUCGAUUUCCAAAACGAGUUGGACUUUUACAAAAAUAUCUUGAGGUCCGUAAAGAGUUUUUGCUUGGACAACAGGCGACAGUGGCAAGACCAAUUCUACAUUCCAUCCUCCAAGUGGAACCCAGAGACAAAUGUCUCUGCAGUUGUGUGUCACGUGAUGCUUCUACCAGAGCUACAACUUCUAGACUUGGUGGGAAAGAGACAAUAUGGCCAGAGUCGCUGGGAAGAGUUGCACCCGGACAUACCAAUAGGUUAUAAUAGAGUAGGAAAAAACGUUAAAGAAACGAAUGUUGCAGUUAAGAUGAAGAAUGGACAGUUGAUUAAGAAAGUUUAUUUUAAUUAUAAGAAACAACAUAACUUAGAACCACCACCCAGAAAAUAUUACAUCCGAUAGAGGAUAUGAAAAGUCCCAUCUAAAUAGUUUGUACAGUUGUCGGGCGUCAUUUAGAAGUUUAAACCCACCUCACGCUGCCUUCCUCUCCGGCCACACGCGGAAGGUUUCCAACAACCUGCGGAUGGUCAUAUGUUUUUUCCAGGCUCGGUCCGGUUUCCCCCUACCAUAAUGCUGGCCAUCAUAUAAGUGAAAGAUUCUUGAGUAUGGCGUAAAAUAGCAAUCAAAUGAAUAAAUAAAUAAAUAGAA